AUGGAUGACGGACGUUGCGCGACUUGCGAAGCCCUUGGGCGGCGAAGUCUGUCCAGCAAACUUCUACAGGUGGCUACAGCGCAGGCGCACAUGAAAGUGUGUUCACAUGCCACACCAGCCGAGCAACAUCAAGGUUCGGAUCUGGCCUCACGUGCCCUUGCCGCCAAAAGACGCAAAUCUAUUGCCGGCUUCAAAUUAAAUUUACCUGAGGCAACUCCGAAAACACCUGUACAGCCUCGACAGAAUUCUGGUCGUCGUAAUACGUGGUGCUCGUAA